AUGAGUUACGGCAAGAAAGACGAAGAUGCCGACCUAGGCCUCGUCAAGGUCGAUCGCACUCAGGUCUUCCAAGAGGCGAGACUUUUUAAUAGUUCCCCCAUUCAACCCCGAAAAUGCCGUAUCCUCUUGACCAAGAUCGCCCUUCUCCUCUACAUUGGGGAGAAGUUCCCCACAAAUGAAGCUACCACGCUCUUCUUUGGCAUUUCCAAGCUCUUCCAGAACAAAGAUGCUAGCUUGCGUCAGAUGGUGCACCUGGUUAUCAAGGAGCUAGCCAACUCAGCGGAAGAUAUCAUCAUGGUCACUAGCACCAUCAUGAAGGACACUGGUGGUGGCGCGGAGGCCAUCUACCGCCCCAAUGCCAUUCGAGCCCUGUGUCGUAUCAUUGAUGCCACCACAGUGCAAUCGAUCGAGCGAGUGAUGAAGACGGCGAUCGUGGACAAGAACCCCUCAGUCUCCUCCGCCGCCCUCGUAUCCUCCUACCACCUCCUCCCCAUCGCUAGGGAAGUUGUCAGGCGAUGGCAGAGCGAGACCCAGGAGGCCGCCGCGUCCACCAAGUCGUCUGGUGGCUUCUCGCUCGGCUUCUCGUCGGGCAACCAGCUCCCAACCAACAACUCGACCAUGACGCAAUACCAUGCCAUUGGUCUCCUCUACCAGAUGCGCAUGCACGACCGCAUGGCUCUGGUUAAGAUGGUCCAACAGUUUGGCGCCGCGGGUGCUGUCAAGAGCCCGGCUGCCGUCGUUAUGCUUGUGCGCUUGGCGGCCCAGCUUGCUGAAGAGGAUGCCUCGCUCCGCAGGCCCAUGAUGACGCUCCUUGAGGGGUGGCUGCGACACAAGUCCGAGAUGGUCAAUUUCGAGGCUGCCAAGGCCAUCUGCGACAUGCGAGACGUCACCGAUGAGGAGGUGUCCCAGGCGGUGCACGUCCUUCAACUCUUCCUCACAUCGCCUAGGGCGGUGACCAAGUUUGCAGCCCUCCGCAUCCUGCACAGCAUCGCUUCCUUCAAGCCCAAUGCCGUCAGCCCGUGCAACCCGGAUAUCGAGCUCCUCAUCUCCAACAGCAAUCGGUCGAUCGCGACGUUUGCCAUCACAACGCUCCUUAAGACGGGCAACGAGGCCAGCGUGGACCGGUUGAUGAAGCAGAUCUCGAGCUUCAUGUCGGAGAUUACGGACGAGUUCAAGAUCACCAUUGUGGAGGCCAUCCGCACACUGUGCCUUAAGUUCCCCAGCAAGCAGGCAGGCAUGCUCACCUUCCUUAGCAGUAUCCUCCGCGAUGAUGGUGGCUACGAGUUUAAGCGAGCGGUGGUGGAGAGCAUGUUUGACCUCAUCAAGUUCAUCCCUGACUCCAAGGAGGAGGCGCUCGCCCACCUCUGCGAGUUCAUCGAGGACUGCGAGUUCACUAAGCUGGCCGUCCGCAUCCUGCACCUCAUCGGCCUCGAGGGCCCCAAGACGCCCCACCCCACCAAGUACAUCCGCUACAUCUACAACCGCGUCGUACUAGAGAAUGCCAUCGACCCCGACGUCAAGCAGAGCGUGCGCGUGCUUCUCACGAGAUGUCUGGACGACGUUGACGACGAGGUGCGCGAUCGUGCGGCGCUUAACCUAAGCCUCAUGAAGGAUGAGGAGGAUGAGCUUGCAGAGAAGUUUGUCAAGAGUGAUGGCAUGUUUUCUCUUCCGUAUUUCGAGAACCAGCUGGUCCUCUACGUCACCUCGGACGAGAAAUCGACCUUUGAAGCUCCUUUCGAUAUAUCCAAGAUUCCUGUUGUCACGCGCGAGCAGGCCGACGCUGAAGACAGGACGAAGAAGCUUACGGCGACCACGCCGUCGCUCAAGCCGCCCAAGGUGGGCGCGGCCAAGGCCAACGUAUCGGGAGCAGAGGCGGCAGCCUCGGCGUCGGCAGCGGCUCAGCGGUACGCGCAGGAGCUAAUGCAGAUUCCGGAAAUGAAGGAAUUUGGCAGCGUGCUCAAGUCGGCGGGCCCUGUGGAGCUCACGGAAGCGGAGACGGAGUAUGUGGUGAGCGUAGUCAAGCACAUUUUCAAGGAGCACAUCAUCCUUCACGACGCCUGGCGACGAGGAGGAAUGGAGGAAGUCUUCAUCAUCCCCGCGGACAAGCUGGCGACGGACGAACCUGGCAAGAUCUACGUGGCGUUCCGCAAGGUCAGCGGCGAGGGAUCGCUCCCGACUUCGCAAUUCUCCAACGUGCUCAAGUUUACUAGCAAGGAGAUUGACCCGUCGACGGGCGAGCCCGAGGACGGCGGCUACGAUGAUGAGUAUGAGGUGGGCGAGUUUGACUUGGCCGGCAGCGACUACGUUGUGCCGGCGUUUGCCAGCAACUUCAACCACAUCUGGGAGCAGGUGGGCGCCUCGGGCGAAGAGGCUCAAGAGACUAUGCAGCUCAGCGGUGUCAAGAGCAUAGCAGACGCCACGGAGCAGCUCAUCAAGGCUCUUUCUCUACAAGCGCUCGAAGGCACGGAUGUGCCCGUCAACCAGACAACGCAUACGCUCAAGCUGUUAGGCAAGACAGUGAAUGGCGGUCGGGUUGUGGGCAACAUCAGGAUGGCGUUCUCUGCCAAGUCUGGCGUCACGAUGAAGAUUGUAGUGAGGGCGGAGGAGGAGGACGUCGCCGCGCUGGUGAUUGGCUCGGUGGCCUAA